AUUCCCUAUCGCAGGAACACCAAGUUCACCGGCCGAAAAGAUCUCAUUGAGUCGAUAAAGAGGCUGACCGGGGGUGGUGGCCACCACCGGAUCGCACUUCAUGGAUUAGGCGGAUCCGGGUAUGUAUUCAAUAUUCCCACUUUGAGGGUUUACUAACCUUCCCUAGAAAAACUCAGAUUGCACUUGAAUACGUUUAUCAGCACGCAAGCGAGAGUAACUGUGAUGUUUUCUGGGUGCAGGGGAGUGGGGUGUUAAAGUUUAUCGAGGGUUUCAGGGCUAUUGCACAGCAUGCUCGAAUUCCUCUUCCCAGCGCUGAGACGGAACAAGAGAAAUUUCUGGCCGGUGUAAAGAGGUGGUUCGAAGGUCCCGACAAUGGUGAUUGGGUACUGGUUAUUGACAACGCCGACAAUGAGAAGGACUUUAUCGGCAACAGCGGGCCCCUCUCCAAAUUUUUACCACAAGGCCCUCGGGGUACCAUAAUAUUCACCACUAGAUCUCUCCGGGUUGCAGUCUGGCAGGAUUGUGAAAGGAUCGAUGUCGGGGAAAUGGAAGAGGAUGAAGGUCGCGCGUUGUUUUCGAAGCGCUUUCGUGGCUGGGAUGCUCUCGGUGAUGGAGAAAAAGAGGCUAUCAAGAUGAUCCUGGGCUCCGUACACCACAUCCCGCUGGCUAUCGUGGGUGCUGCAGCCUUCAUGACCGAGACCCAGACACCACCUUCCACUUACUGGAAUAUUUUCCAGGAAAGCGACGAACAAGCGAAGAGGUUACUCUCCCAGCCAUUUUGCGAUAUCCAACGUGAGGCGGAUAUGACCGAAAGCAUCCUAGCAACCUACUUUAUCACCUUCAACCGGAUCACGCUCCAGAUGCCCCUUGCGGCCGAUCUCCUGUGUCUGAUUGCCUUCUUCGAUCGUCAGAACAUACCCGAGGAUUUAUUGAGUCGAUGUGAGUUGGAAGGGAUGGGUGAUCCAAUAACGUUUCGUCAGGUUAUUGGAAAGCUAUUGGGAUUUUCGCUAGUUACAGCUGCCAAAUGCGAGGACAAGACAUUUUACGAGCUUCACCGUUUGGUCCAACUGUCUCUACAAGUGUAUUUACCACAAAAAGAGUCUAAUGGUUGGAGGGCCACUGCGCUAAGACAGGUUUCAAGGUUGUUUCCUCGGGAUUGGAACGAGCAGAGAUCGGCUGGUUCUGCAUACCUUCCACAUGCACUUGUAGUGACCAAAGAUUCAACAGAUCCCAUUGCCGAAGAGCUUUGUUUUCGCCUGGCACAAUACUUUUAUGGUAUGGGUUUCUCCAAUGACGCAGAAAUUCAAUUGCGUCGGUGUAUUGCACUUAGGGAAGAGGGCAAGGGGUAUAACUUUGAGGAAGGCCACAGGAGAGUCAUCCUCCUAGCGGCGGUGAACAUACAUCAAGGAAGGGCAGAAGUGGCUGAGCAGAUACUGGAGAAUUUAUUAGAGGAUAUUGAAGGAUCGUUGGGCCCAAAUAACCUUAUUGUCCUGGAAGCCGUCGACCAACUAGCUAGAGCACUACGAUCACGAGGCAAGUUCCACGAAUCCGAGAAGAUGAAUCGACGUGUACUGCAGAGCUGCGAGAAGACUUUUGGACCAGACCACCCCGACACCCUAAUAAGUGUCAAUAACCUGGCUAGUGUGCUGGAAUCCCAAGGAAAGUACACUCAAUCGGAGGCGAUGAAUCGGCGUGCACUGGAGGGUCACGAGAAGACUUUUGGACCAGACCACCCCGACACCCUAAUAAGUGUCGGUAACCUGGCUAGUGUGCUGGAAUCCCAAGGAAAGUACACUGAAUCGGAGGCGAUGAGUCGGCAUGCACUGGAGGGUCACGAGAAGAUCUUGGACCAGACCACCCCAACACCCUAACAAGUGUCGGUAACCUGGCUAGUGUGCUGGAAUCCCAAGGAAAGUACACUCAAUCGGAGGCGAUGAAUCGGCGUGCACUGGAGGGUCGCGAGAAGACUCUUGGACCAGACCACCCCAACACCCUAACAAGUGUCAGUAACCUGGCUAGUGUGCUGGAAUCCCAAGGAAAGUACACUCAAUCGGAGGCGAUGAAUCGGCGUGCACUGGAGGGUCACGAGAAGACUCUUGGACCAGACAACCCCGACACCCUAACAAGUAUCAGUUUCCUGGCUGCUGUGCUAGGAGACCAAGGCAAGUACGAUGAAUCAGAGGCGAUGCAUCGGCGUGCACUGGAGGGUCGCGAGAGGACACUUGGACGAGACCAUCCCCAGACCCGAUUCAGU